UGCACUCAUAUUUUCCGAAUGGUUGUUUUGUUUGUGUUUAUGGUCCUGUGAGCGCAGCGUUCCCACGAUUACAGUAAUCAGUCUGAAAGUUACGGUUGUACUCUGAACUGAAAGAUAAAUGAGAAACCACGCAGCUAACCACAGUCCUCUUGUUCCAGGCACUUCCAGCCCACAGCUCGACAGAAUCAAACGCCAGCAGGAGAGAAGGCCGUCCCAGGCAGUGCCAGUCUACUCCAUCGAGUACGGGGUCCUGGAAUUCCCAAGGCGCGACGCCCUUCCUCCAGCCACAAUGCCAGACCAGGACGACCAUGUGGAAUAUGCCACCAUCACCUUCCCUGCAGGACAGGAGGAGGGGUCGGGGGGAAAACACUGCUGGAGUCACUGCAGGUAGCAUACAGACCCCCGACCCCCAACCCCACACCCUGACCCCUAACCCCCAAC